CUGGGCGGGCGCGGAGCGGAGCGGGGCCGGCGGCAGCGGGGGGGACGGGGCCGUCAUGGAGUACGUGACCGCCGAGCAGCUGGCUGGCUUCAGCAAGUACAAGUACAGUGCCGUGGACAGCAGCCCCCUGUCUCUUUACAUCAUGCAUCCCUUCUGGAACACCAUAGUGAAGAUCUUCCCUACCUGGCUGGCCCCAAAUUUGAUAACGUUUUCUGGCUUCCUGCUGCUUGUCUUCAACUUCUUCCUCAUGGCAUACUUCGACCCUGACUUUUAUGCUUCUGCUCCUGAUCACCAGCAUGUUCCGAACACAGUGUGGGUCAUUGUGGGUCUCCUCAACUUCAUUGCCUAUACAUUAGAUGGUGUUGAUGGGAAGCAGGCUCGUCGGACUAACUCAAGCACGCCUUUGGGAGAGCUCUUUGAUCAUGGCCUGGACAGCUGGGCAUGCGUGUUCUUUGUUGUGACAGUCUACUCUACCUUUGGACGAGGCUCCACGGGUGUCAGUGUCUUCGUUCUCUACCUCCUCUUAUGGGUGGUCUUGUUUUCAUUCAUCCUCUCCCACUGGGAGAAGUAUAACACAGGGAUUCUCUUCCUGCCCUGGGGAUAUGACAUCAGCCAGGUGACCAUUUCAAUUGUCUACAUAGUGACAGCCAUUGUGGGAGUUGAGGCCUGGUAUGCACCUUUCCUGUUUAAUUUCUUAUAUAGAGACCUAUUCACUGCAAUGAUUAUUGCUUGCGCCCUCACUGUGACACUGCCGAUGAGCCUGUAUAACUUCUACAAGGCCUAUAAAAAUAACACCUUGAAGCACCAUUCGCUGUACGAAAUCAUGCUGCCGCUGGUAUCCCCAGUGUUGCUUUUUCUGCUCUCCACCACUUGGAUCUUCAUGUCCCCGACAGACAUCCUGGAGGUCCAUCCCAGGCUCUUUUAUUUCAUGGUUGGAACGGCCUUUGCAAACAUUUCUUGCCAACUGAUCGUCUGUCAGAUGAGCAGCACGCGCUGCCAGCCUCUGAACUGGAUGCUGCUGCCCAUAGCAGUGGUGCUCCUCGUGGUGAUGUCCGGCUUUGCGCCCAGCAGCGAGACUCUUCUCCUCUACUUGCUGACUGCUUUCCUCACCCUGGCACACAUCCACUACGGGAUGGUCGUGGUGAGCCAGCUGAGCAGGCACUUCAACAUACGGCCCUUCUCGCUGAAGAAGCCCACGCUAGAUUGACUAGGAGUGGAGGAAGAGAAAAUCAGCUUGCGGUCUGCAGAAGUACUGUAAAUAACUGCUGCAAAUACCUGUAAAUACUUCAACCAUCACCACAGAUCUAAGCCUAUCCUCUGGACAGACAUCAGGACAAAGCACGCACGGAUCCGCUGCAGCCAGGGCAGGACUGGUACGGAGCAGCCCCGGCGGCUGUUUGACGAGUGCAAGCUUUUGGUUUUGGGUGAAACUGGACGAGGAGGGUAGCCUUUUGGGUCACAAUUACUGUAUAUUAGACCAGCUGAAUGUUCCCAGAGAAACCUCAGACUCCAGCUCUUGCUCAGUUAAAGCUGGUUGGGGAUGCAAUUGACUUUAUCUGAGCAAAGCAUCUUGACCUGUCACCAAACCCAAUAUAACAGCUGAUUUCUACAAGGUCAGGGGAACAUCCAUGUGGUCAGGGGAGUUCCUGUCUGUCCCUAAUCCUGCUAGACUGCCCUUCUCCUGGGCUGGUACUUAGGGACCAGAUGGUGACAGUUCUCCCACAUUUUGUCCUGCCUUCCUGCACUCAUCUAUUUGGGCACCGUGUUUUGUUUUGUUGUUGUUUUUAAGCAGAAAAAAAAGAACAACAGACAAAACUUCUAGUAAUGUUCUACUGCAGGAGCUUAGAAAAAGCAGGGCUUAAUUUCAGGUGUAAGUGGGAAGGCAGCUUCUGCUGAGCUGUGGGUACCUGGGACCACAUCUUGACCAUGUUCCCGUCUGUCCAUGUGUGUUCCCUGCCCAGGAGUGUGGUCUGGGCUCUGACUGGCAGCAGAGAGUGGCUGACAUCAGCCUGUCUGACUCCCCCUUUCUCCUGCCCCUGGGAGCUUGCAGUUGCAGGUGGGCUCUGCUGGGUCCUUGCAUGCUGCCCCAGCCUCCACUUCCAGAGCCAGGCUCAGCCUGCACAUCGCCCUUCCCACCGGACCAUUGAUGGCAGCAGAUCCACCGCUCGGAGAAGCACCUUAAUAAGUGUUGUGUUGGUUGUGUGUGCACUUUCAGGGAGCUCACAGGUGUGUGUGUGUGUGUGUGUGGUGGGGUCCUUUCCAAAUAUCUCCUUAUUCUCAAAACCAGUGUCCUCAGCGGCUGCAUGUCUCAUCCAGGGAUAUAUUUGUUUACUGUCCAUUUGUAAAAGAAAUGUUUGCAUUGAUUUAUUUUUUUUAAUUUUUUUUUUAUUGACAUAGAGUGGGGUGGUGAAGAUUGAAUGCUGAUUUUCUUUUCUGUUCACUUUAUUUAAUGAAGACCUGUGCUUGAAUGAAGAGUGUAGCUUAAACCCAGGCUCUGGAAAGGCUGCAUCCGGAAGCGAACAAGCGCAGCAGAUUGUGCAUAUGUAAUUACCAUGGGAACAAAGUCACUUACACACUGAUGAAUGUGCAGCGUGGUCUGUAGAAGCUUGGUUACAGUAUUUUCCUUCUGCAGGUGAAGACCCCUCCUGCUUUAGGAAAUGUACAAACUUUAACGACUGUUUAAUGCUUUUUUUUUUUUUUUUUCUCCUUAUUUUUGUAAAUUUGCAUCCUUGUCAUGCAGACUGUGUAACUUGAAAUCCUGAGGGAAGCCCCCUGCCUUCAGAGGGAGCCACAGCAGGGUUGCUCGCUCAUGGUACGUCCUCCGAGGAGUGAGCUGGGGCCUGCUGGCAUGGUGGGAGGGCUCAGCCAAAGGUCUGUGUGCUCACAUCUCUGUAUAGCUACCACACAUCCCUGGAGGGUGGCUGAUCUGGGAGAGGGGGCAAAUGAUUUUCACAGUUUAUUAAAUAAAGUAGCUUGCUCCUUAUGUAUUCUACUGACGUUGUACAGGAAAAAACCCCAAACCUUCAGUGUACAAAUGAAUUGGGCUGUGCUUGAAUUUUUGACUUUUACUAUUUAAUGAGAUACAAUAAUUUUUAAGGGAGAUAAGUUUAACUCAUGCUCGCACAAUAAUUACAGGGAAUCUUGAAACAGGACACAAGGCUUGUGUGUGGGACAUGUUCAGGUAGCAGAUCUGUGCUAGCAGUGGGGAGGUUGGAUCAUUUACUUUCUAGUUACGUGUUUGCAGGACAAGGGAAGGACUCAGAUGUUCCCUCUGGUUUUCAGCUGAGCUCUGGGGUCCCAAGCCUGGAGCUUUCCUUGUCCUGCCCCUUCUCACUAGCACUGCUGGACUCUGAAGACUGGACCAGUGCUGAUGCUGUGGGAAGCUGAUCUUAAAUCUUAGGAUGUCCCUUUAUGUUGGUAAUACACUGUUUGUUGUCUCAGCUAGCUGUGUGCUUUUGCAGCACAAACCAUACCUUGAAAACGCCUUUGUGAAGUUACAAGCAUGUGGAAGUAGGGCUUCCUCUCAAAAAUCCUGCAGAUAGCUGUGCUGUAGGAGAAAGAUUUCUCUUCAAAACUGGAAACACUUCCUACCUGCACAGGCUUUAUCUUUGGAGAGCCCUGGAUUUUUGGUGCCUUAAUUUAUUGCACCUUGAAGCUAGAAAAAUGUCUCCUUAAAUCAAUUGUGGAAAAUACAGAUUUCAUUGUCUCUAGUGCUGCUGGGCUCGUGGCAGAGUGAGGAGAGAACAGACCUGAUCUCAAUGCAUGCCUGAGACUGUUCCUGACCUGUGCUGCUGCAAAGCUGGUGGGGUUUCUCUUUGGGCUGUUGGAAAUAAAGUGAUUUCUGCUCCCAGAUUCUGGGGGGUGAAGGGAAACAGACCAAACUAUCUUGCCAUGGUGAGGUGCGAAAUGAACUGUUUAUCCAUAAUACUGGGUUUAAGUCUUAAGAAUAAAUUGUAUUCCUUCCUUGCUGACAGCA